CUAUGUUGCACCGGAAGUAUUUCUGAAGCAGCACCGUGGCUAGCUAAGUUUAAUUUGGGUUACAAUGUCGGACCGAGUUGGCUCAAAAGCGGAGCCUUCUGGACUUGAUGGCCUGCCCCCACUGUUCAGCAUUUCCAAAGGAGAGGUGGUCUCUGUCCAAACGUAUGGGGCAUUUGUCCGACUCCCGGGGUACAAGAAUCAGGGACUGGUUCAUGUGAGUGAAAUGUCAGCGUCCCGAGUUGAAAAUCCUUCUGAGAUUGUGGAUGUGGGAGAGCAGGUGUGGAUCAAAGUCAUUGGGAGAGAGAUUCAUGGUGAAAAGGUGAAGUUGUCUUUCUCCAUGAAAGCUGUCAAUCAGGGCACCGGCCGGGACUUGGAUCCCAACAAUGUUAUGGCUGACCAGGAUGCCCGAAGACGCAAGCAGUUCAAAGACGGUACACGAAACAAAAUCACGCUGGAGGCCGUACUUAAUACAACUUGUUCAAAGUGUGGUUGUAAAGGACACUUUACAAAAGAUUGUUUCUCAGCACCUGGCUUGCAGUACACACUUCUGCCUGAAGAGGAUGAUGAAGAGCCAUUACAGCAGACAUCUACAUCUGCAAAUAGGGAAGACACUGACAAACGGAAGAAAAAGAAGGAAAAGAAAAUUAAAAAGAAGAGAAAGAAGGAACGAAAGGACUCAGAGAGUGACAGCGGCAGUGACAGCAGCAGUGAAUGCAAAUCUAAGCGACAGCGUCAUGACAGAGAAGACAAAAAGAAGAAAAAACAUAAGAAACACAAAUCUCACAAACAUAGCUGAUAUACACAGUUAAGUCAUAGUUAACAGCUGACAACUAAUACUUCACAUCAAUUAAAAAAUAUGGUCAAUAAACAUCCCGUAAUAUAAUUUAUAUAUACCGUAUAUAUACUUUUAGUAUAUUUAUAGCACAUAAAGACUAUCAGGUAAAAAAAAUCGUCAUUAUAAACAAUUCCUGGCUGUGGCUCCCUCUUGCCCUAAAGUAACCUUUGCACACACCAUUUGUAAUUUGAGAGGUGUAAGCAAUAUAGCAGCAUGUGGCUAUGCCAUUUGGAGACCAGCUAUGGUUUACAGCUCUCGCAUUUCUUAUGCUCAAUGAAAUCCAUAAUCGAGUAUUCUGCAAAUGACUGUAGUAAAUGUGCACACCCCCACAUACAGGAAGUAAAGUUCAAUUACAGGAUGUAUUGUGACAUGAAUACGUUUGACAGGAACCUCUUUGUGAUAAUGAUAGACUUCUUUCAUUUUUGAUGAACUUUAUUGAGCAAUUCUUGCAUUUUUGUUGCAUGUUAAUAAUUAAAGCUUUUACUAUGUAAUAUUUAAAAAGCCUUAAGAUCUGUUCGUACCUGGACCUUGAUCUGUUAUUUCUGUAAUGUUGGGUGAAGAGCAUAUAUAUUGUCAGUCCUGGAGGAACCGGCCCACCCUGGGGCCCUAUUGCAUUUGUUUUCAGUGUCACAGGGGACAUCCAUUGAAGAUGAUACACACAACAGAUUUUAGGAAGGUCAGUAAGGAAACAGUUAACAGUUUCAUGCAGCAUGUAACCAACAACAUGGGAGUUACUGAUAUUUUGAUUUUGCUACUGCUUUGACCUAGUUUUUUUUUUGUGUAGGGAUGUCACAGAUUGUUUCCAGCUGCAGACUGCGGCAUACCACGGAUGACUUUAGUUUAUUGUCAGUCUUGUAAAUGCUACACUAGAGCAACAUGCAACACAUUGAAUGUACUCAGUCUAUGCUCAUUGGUCUUAGUUUAUUUUUCCACAGACACCUUUUGAUUUUGGUCAUCUAAUUUUUUAUGUCAAGAAAUAAGCUUCAAGACAUUUGUCACAUGUUACACAUUGUGUCAAUAGCCUUUGUAUGCAAAAUAUUGUUAAUGGUACAACUGGCCUUGUACUGAGCCAAAUCCACUUGCACUUGUGAUGAUGGUUGGUUUUCUUGGCCUCUUGUUGCCAACCUCUGUCUGGUGUUUACCGUGCAGCUUAAAGUUGAGCUGUGCUAUGUUCUUUAGAAAAAACUAACUAUAUAACCUGAUAGAAGAUUGAUUGUUUCUCCCC